UGAAAAAGAUUUUUUGAGAAAUACAAACAAAUAAUGAAAUAUGCUGUAUGCUGUUGUGUUCUCUCCUGUACAGGUCCUUAUAUCUGUAUAACGUGUUGAAAUAGAAGAGACGUUUUUGGAAGGAAAAUGGCGCCUGCUGUCGGUGGUCCUCAAGGCUACACUCCACCUGAGGGUGGCUGGGGAUGGAUGGUGGUAGUUGGGGCCUUCAUCUCCAUUGGCUUUUCCUAUGCAUUCCCCAAGUCCAUCACUGUCUUCUUCAAAGAGAUUGAGGUGAUCUUCAAUGUGACCAGCAGCCAGGUGUCUUGGAUCUCUUCCAUCAUGUUAGCAUGCAUGUACGGCGGAGGUCCAAUCAGCAGUAUCCUGGUUAAUAAAUAUGGGAGUCGUCCUGUUAUGAUGGCGGGAGGAUGCCUGUCUGGAAUGGGCCUUAUUGCUGCCUCUUUCUGCAGUUCAGUUCAGGCACUGUACUUUUGUAUUGGUGUGGUGGGAGGUUUAGGAUUGGCCUUCAACCUUAACCCUGCACUCACAAUGAUUGGAAAGUAUUUCUAUAAGAAGCGGCCUAUUGCUAAUGGGAUUGCCAUGGCUGGAAGUCCUGUCUUUCUCUCCACCAUGGCUCCUAUAAACACCUGGCUCUUCGAUAAGUUUGGCUGGAGAGGAAGUUUCUUGAUCCUGGGUGGCCUGCUAUUCAACUGCUGUGUUGCUGGUUCCCUCAUGCGGCCUAUAGGACCAAAACCCAAACCUGUAGAGAGGACUACAGAGAGGAGGACUGUAUCACAGGUCAUUAACAGCUUCAUUGACCUCUCUUUGUUCAAGCACCGUGGCUUUUUGCUCUAUAUUAUGGGCAAUGUUGUGAUGUUUUUCGGACUCUUUGCCCCACUGGUGUUCCUCAGUAAUUUUGCAAAGAGUAAAGAUAUCCCUAAAGAGAAAGCAGCUUUCUUACUGUCUGUUCUAGCUUUUGUUGACAUGGUUGCCCGGCCUGCAAUGGGGAUCGUGGCCAACACCAAGUUUGUGCGACCCAGAAUACAGUACUUCUUUGCUGCCUCUGUGCUGUAUAAUGGUGUGUGUCACGUCCUAGCACCAAUGUCAGUAGACUACAAAGGUUUUGUGAUUUAUGCCAUUUUCUUUGGCUUUGCUUUUGGCUGGUUGAGCUCAGUACUGUUUGAGACUUUGAUGGACCUGGUGGGAGCCCAGCGCUUCUCCAGUGCUGUUGGGCUGGUCACCAUUGUGGAGUGUGGUCCGGUGCUGUUGGGGCCCCCUUUGCUUGGAAAGUUCAAAGAUGUGUACAAUGAUUAUAAGUACACGUACCAGGGUUGUGGGAUCCUCCUCAUCGUCUCCAGUGUCUUCUUGUUUGCUGGAAUGGGACUCAACUAUCGUCUGCUCGCAAAAGAGAAAAAAGAAGAGGAGAGGAAAGCCAGGGUGGGAGGUAGAGACCAAAAGUCGUACAGUGCUGCCAAGGAGGUGGCUGAGGCUAAGAACACAGAAGACACUGUCUAAUUUUCUGACCCAUGUGAAAUUGCAUUUCUAUUCAACUUAAUGUUUCUUAUGAGAUGUUCAUUCAUGACAAAAUAGAUGCUUGAUUGAAACAGGGCAGACUCAUUUACAACUUUUGUUUCUUAAUACAGUGUUUUUAAGAACACAAGGAAAAUCACGUAUAACCUAACAUGCACUUCAAUGGAAAACAUGUAUACUCUUAUGAACAAGCCACAUAGAAUACCUCUAAUAUUCUUAUAGGGACUGGUAUAUAUGUUUGCAAUGGCCUUUAAUGUCACUUAUAUUAAUAGCAUGUUAUGGAAUUUUUAAUCUCAGAUUGUAUCAUUAUAACUUCUCUAACUUUCCUGCUGCAUAUUAUAGUGUUUAAAAUCCUACUGUGUACCAUCAGAUAAUUAAAGUUUAUACUCAAGAAGGAACAUGAGCAGUACAGAGCUUUAUAUAUUUAAAAGAGACUGCAAAUGUUCUCAGUGAAAGAGUAUAAUUACAUUAUUCACCUCUCUUUGUUUGCCACACCACUUCUCAAACACUUUAAAGACCUUUUCCUGUUUACAAGGUCCUGACAGCACUGAGCUAUUAAUGAGGGUUUGAAAAUAUCCUUUGUGCCACUAUUUUUUUUUCAUUCCACAAAUAGAUUCAUAUUAAUUCUCUUUU